CUUCUCUUCCAGUAACAAACCCCUGAUGAUUAUCCACCACUUGGACGACUGCCCGCACAGCCAAGCUCUCAAGAAGGUCUUUGCUGAACAUAAAGAUAUACAGAAAUUGGCUGAAAAAUUCAUUCUCCUGAACCUUGUGUAUGAAACCACAGACAAGAAUCUUUCACCUGAUGGCCAGUAUGUCCCUCGGAUUUUGUUCAUAGAUCCUUCCCUGACUGUGAGAGCAGAUAUUACUGGAAGAUACUCAAACCGUCUCUACGCAUACGAGCCCUCUGACAUUUCAUUGUUGUAUUCAAAUAUGCAGAAAGCGCUGAAGCUCCUGAAGACUGAACUGUAAGGGGAAGAAGGAAGCCCUUAAAAUACAACAAAGUUUGAUCUUCCAUCUCUUCUCUGCUCAUUGAAACUGGUGAAGAGACUAUUUAGAGCGAUAUUUAGUGAUGUGUAGUGCUGGUUUAUAUAUAUAAACACUACAGUUUUACAUUAGCACUUUUGUACUGGGCAGCAUUUUUAAAAGCUGGAGGCUUUUAAUUUAAGGCGUACAGAAUAAUACUGUAUGAUCCAGCUGUAAAAAUGAUUUUUUUUAAAUAAAUCCAUUUCAAGUGUUUACAUACAAAA